CAAUACCAAAAGGUGCAGACAGACACGGUGGUCGCCAGCGCUACUGUGUCGUAGUUGCGGCCAGGCUCUGUUGUGACUUCCCGUCGUGAGAGAUGUCAAAGAUGCGGAUGAAAGCGGUGAGGUGCCCCACGGAUGAGCUCAGCCUCUCCAACUGUGCCAUCAUCAACGCCGACGAUUUUCCCGACGAUGUCAGGCACAUCGAAGUAACCACAGCACCAAAUUAUCAUUUCGUGUUUACCGUGAGAACGCACCAUGAGAUUCCGCGCGGCACAGUUGGCUUCAGCCUGCCGCAGCGAAAGUGGGCAACAUUGUCUCUCAAUCAAGAGAUUGAAGUUCGGCCGUAUCACUUUGAUCCGACUUCUAACACAGAAUGUUUAUGCAACAUCGUUUUGGAGGCUGAUUUUUUGCAGAAAAAAACUGUCACUUUGGAGCCGUACAAUACGGACGAAAUGGCCAAGGAGUUCUUGCUACAGUUUUCAGGACAGGCAUUCACCGUGGGUCAGCAGCUGGCAUUCCAGUUUAAGGAUAAGAAACUGCUUGGAUUAGUUGUCAAAAGUCUGGAGGCCGCCGACCUGUCGGCGAUCAGCUCGGGACAGAGUACAAUGCCCAAGAAGACGAAGAUGGGACGUUGCCUGGGCGACAGUAUAAUACAGUUCGAGAAGGCGGAGAACUCCAGCCUGAAUCUCGUCGGGCAGUCCAAGGGGAAGGCCGUCCGGCAGGCGAUCAUCAAUCCCGACUGGGACUUUCAGAAGAUGGGCAUCGGUGGCCUGGACAAGGAGUUCAGCGCCAUUUUCCGACGGGCGUUCGCGUCCCGUGUCUUCCCGACGGAGAUUGUCACCCAGCUGGGUUGCAAGCACGUGAAGGGAAUCCUGCUGUACGGGCCGCCCGGCACGGGUAAGACGUUAAUGGCGCGGCAAAUUGGAACGAUGUUGAACGCGAGGGAGCCGAAGAUUGUAAACGGCCCGCAAAUUUUGGACAAGUACGUCGGAGAGAGCGAGGCGAAUAUCAGACGAUUGUUCGCUGACGCGGAGGAUGAGGAAAAGAGGCUCGGGCCAAACAGCGGACUUCACAUCAUUAUAUUCGAUGAGAUUGAUGCCAUAUGUAAGUCUCGAGGUAGCGUCGCUGGGAACACGGGGGUUCACGACACCGUGGUUAAUCAGCUUCUCGCGAAGAUCGACGGUGUCGAACAGUUAAAUAACAUUCUUGUUAUUGGUAUGACCAACAGAAGGGAUAUGAUCGAUGAGGCCCUGCUAAGACCUGGCAGAUUGGAGUUGCAAAUGGAAAUUAGCUUACCAGACGAGCAUGGCCGGCACCAAAUUCUUAACAUCCACACCGCCCGAAUGAGAGAGUACAAGAAAAUAGCGCCUGACGUGGACCUGAAGGAGAUGGCCACUCUGACCAAGAAUUUUAGUGGCGCCGAGUUGGAGGGCUUAGUUAGGGCAGCACAGAGCACCGCCAUGAAUCGAUUGAUUAAAGCCGCCAGCAAGGUGGAGGUAGAUCCAUCCGCAAUGGAGAAACUUAUGGUGACCAAAGGCGACUUUUUCCACGCGUUGGAGCACGACGUUAAACCGGCAUUUGGUACAAGUGCUGAAGCAUUGUGUCAACUGUUGACCCGUGGAAUUAUUAAUUGGGGAAGACCGGUGGCUGAAAUUCUCGCCGACGGCAGUCUGUGCAUUCAACAAGCUCGAGCGACCGAGGGAUCCGGACUCGUUUCGGUUCUCUUGGAGGGACCACCGAACAGCGGCAAGACAGCGCUCGCCGCACAAAUUGCGAAGAAUUCAGACUUUCCGUUUGUCAAAGUGUGCACGCCUGAGGACAUGGUCGGCUUCAUUGAAUCCGCAAAAUGUCUUUCUAUACGAAAGGUGUUCGACGAUGCAUAUCGUUCGCAGCUCAGCUGCAUUUUAGUUGAUAAUAUCGAACGUCUCCUGGAUUACGGCCCGAUUGGACCAAGAUAUUCUAAUCUGACACUGCAAGCGCUUUUAGUGUUGCUAAAGAAAUCACCGCCGCCUGGUCGUAAACUAUUGAUUCUGUGCACUUCUAGUCGCAGACAAGUUUUAGACGACCUGGAAUUACUUCCAGCAUUUAAUACCAUCCUUCACGUGCCUAAUUUGUCAACCCCUGAUCAUUUGUUGAACGUGUUGGAAGAAGUUGAUCUCUUCUCGAAACACGAAAUGGCUUCCUUACAUGCAAAGCUUCAAGGAAAACGCGUAUUCAUCGGUAUUAAGAAACUGCUCUGCCUAAUAGAUAUGGCACGUCAAGUGGAACCAAGUUACAGAGUCGCGAAAUUCUUGUCAAAACUGGAGGAAGAAGGCGGUCUAGAGUAAGAUAUAUAUAUAUUCCAUUUCGAGCCGCGUUACUCUCGUGGUAGUGCGGAACGAGAAAGGGCACGGAAUGCUUUUUAAGCUCGUUUCGAGUGUAGAUCGCUCAAGCUGAAGUUUUGAUCACCUCAACGAACGCAUUCUCAAAUUAUAGUAAUUUAAAUGUAGAAAAUUUAUAGCUUCUCUGUAUAAAUGAGAGAGAUAUAAUCAGUGAUAUCUAGAUCUCUGUGUUACAAUGAGUUCCCGCGACAUGUAGAAAGUAGGUAACACCAGCUUGUAUUGUGAAUAUUGUGAUGCAUAUCUGAAAAAAAAAACACGUAAUUAAUUCUGUAUUCUGAAGUACAAGUGCUACAUUAUUGCAGAUAAAUAACAGUUAACAGUUAUAAAAUCGCAGAGAUUAAUAUCAUAUUUUCGUAUGAUAUUUUCAUACAUAAGUAUUGUGUUUAUGCCAUCUUAAUUUGAUUUAAUUCUGAUUAACUCUAGCAAAUCCAAUUUCCAAUAAUUUAUAGCCUUCGAUUAUAGAUUUAAGGGGAUGGCUAAACUGGAAAUCAAAAACUCCAAAACGUCGCUGUUUUACCGACGAUUUAUGCAUAUUUAUGCGUGCGAUAUUGAUAGUAGUAGUGUAUAAUAAUGUGUUUAUGUUUACCACAUCAAUAUCGCAUGCACACAUCGUAACAAAUUUUCUAAAUUAAUAAUCUUUUACAUUAAAGCUUCCAAUUUAUUUCUGAAAGCAGAGCACUGUUCUUUCAUAAUUCCUAGUUUAAAUCAAAAUUGUUUUAUAUAUAUAUAAAAAAAAAAACAAUUAUACCUAACUUAUGAAACUUAUAUAAAGCAAAUAUUGUUACAAGUCGACGCCAGAAGUCGAUAAUAAGACUGUAAUUUUUUCAACUUUUUAUCGCUUUUGGCAUAAAGUCGACCGAUUUGGACUACAUUAUCGUUUAUACUUUAAUCGUAAAGGAUUUUAAAAUCCGUAAGAGCAGUUAGAGAAAUACUUGUUUGAAAAAUCAUUUGGUAGGUAAAACAGACGACUUUAAGAUCCCCUUAAUAGAUUUAUUUGUUGAACUUGUUCGCAUUUGGAGAGAUAAUUUACCAUUUAAGGGGGUAUUCUAGUCUAGCGGAUCGCAAAAAUCGAUUUUUCUUUUUUUACAUAUUUUGCAAGUAUUUGAUAUGGAAAAUAUGUCUGCAAAAGGAUUUAGCCCGAUUCGCAAAAUUAACAAAGUUAUAGACCGGUAUUCAUAGUCGAUUCUUAUAUUUAAGAUCGUCUUAAAUGUAGUUUUAAGAUGUUACAAGCUAAUAACAGAGUCGUAUUAGUAUCUUAAAGCAUUAUUUAAGACGGCCUUAAAAUAAAAACCGCCUUAUGGCCAAGAAUACCGGCCAUAGCACUUGAUAGAGAGCAGUCUCAAUUUAUGUAAUCAGUACAAAAAACUUUAA